AUGGAAUUGAACAAAAUGUUGGACAUGACAAAGCUCCACCAAGCUGUGGCUGCAGGGGACUAUCACUUAGUGAACAAGAUUUUGAAGAAGGGUCUUUGUGAUCCAAACUACAAGGAUAUAGACUGGAAUGAUCGGACUCCACUGCACUGGGCUGCAAUCAAAGGGCAAAUGGAGGUAAUGCACAUCCUGCUAGAAUAUGGAGCCAGACCCUGCCUGGUGACAGAUGUGGGCUGGACCCCAGCUCACUUUGCAGCUGAGUCAGGCCAUCUGAAUGUACUGAAAACUCUGCACGCCCUGCACGCCGCCAUCGAUGCUCCCGAUUUCUUUGGAGACACCCCAAGAAGGAUCGCACAGAUCUAUGGGCAGAAAGCCUGUGUGGCAUUCCUGGAGAAGGCCGAGCCCGAGUGCAAGGACUACCGCCUCGCCGCCCGCCAGAAGGGGCUGCUGCUGGAGGACCGGGACCCAGACUGGGACGCCAAGAAAAGGGAACUGGAGCUGAGUCUUCCUUCUCGGAAUCAGAACACUAGGAAACAGGAGAAGAAAAGCCGGGGCCCUCUCAGGCUCAGCAAGCCCUGGGAGAAAAGAGUGUAA